GCUAGGCUGUCGUGUCUCGCGGCUGUACCUCCAGUGAGACAACGGUACUUUUACACAAUGAAGGUUGUUACCUGGAACAUAAAUGGCAUAAGGACUUUCAGAGGCGGCAUUAAAAAGGCACUUGAUUCACUGGACGCAGAUGUUAUCUGCGUUCAAGAGACAAAGGUGACAAGAGACUUGCUCAAUGAAAGAACUGCCAUUGUUGACGGCUACAACUCCUACUUCAGCUUCAGUCGAGGACGCAGCGGCUAUUCAGGGGUUGCCACUUACUGUAAAGACAGUGCCACUCCAUUUGCUGCUGAGGAGGGUCUCACAGGUCUGCUGACCAACCAUGAGGGCGCUGUUGGAUGCUAUGGUGAUCAGGCUGAGUUCUGUAGCGAGGAGCUGCAGCUUUUGGACAAUGAGGGACGAGCCGUUAUCACACAGCACAGAAUAAUGUGUCAGGAAAAAGAGCAAAGUGUUGCUGUAAUCAAUGUGUACUGUCCACGGGCUGACCCUGAAAAGCCGGAGCGAAAGCAGUUCAAGCUGCAGUUCUACAAGUUGCUUCAGUGUCGCGCUGAAGCCGUACUGAAAGAUGGGAGCCAUGUGAUUGUUUUAGGAGAUGUAAAUACAUCCCACCGGCCAAUAGACCACUGUGACCCCAGUGAUAUUGAUGAUUUUGAUGGAAACCCUGGAAGGAAAUGGCUGAAUGGCUUUUUGCAUGGUGUCAGACAAGAAGUGGAAAGGCAUGAGGAAGAACCUGAUGAAGAAUCUGAGGUAACUUCGUCAGAUUCCAGCCGCAGGGGAAAAUUUGUGGAUACCUUUCGCUAUUUCCACCCAACUCGCACCAACGCCUUCACAUGCUGGUCCACUCUCACUGGAGCGCGGCAGACCAACUACGGCACACGCAUUGACUACAUAUUCGCUGAUUGCCAGCUAGCCAAGGAGCAGUUUGUGGCCGCAGAUAUCAUGCCAGAGGUGGAGGGGUCAGACCACUGCCCUGUGUGGGGGCAGCUGAGAUGCUCUCUCCUGCCCAGCUCCAAGCCUCCUCCCCUCUGUACGCGCUAUCUGCCAGAGUUUGCUGGCAAGCAGCAGAAACUCUCACGCUUCUUUGUUAAAGUGGACCAAAAAUCAAGUCAGUCUGAUCAGAGGGAUGCAUUACCUGGAUCUCAAGAAGAGGAGGAGUUGAGGGAGAAUUUAAACCCAUUUGGAGCUGGAAACAUCUCUAGUAAAAAACGGUUGAUAACAUCAGACUCUGUUGUCCCAAAGGGGAAAAAGGCUAAGACUGUAAAGACAUCUUCGAAGCCACAGGGCAGCCUUCUCUCCUUUUUCAAACCCAAACCCACAAACGUCGCACACUCAACUGAGGCACCUGUUAGACAGUGUGAAAAAACACUGGAUGAGGUUACAUCAUCACAAAAGUCCCAAAAAUCAUCCUCAACUACCAAUGACGUGUCUUUGAUCUCAAGUAGCGCACCCGAAGAAACUGAGCCUGUCUUUGAUGGUUCGCCGCAGCUGUGCAUCAGCACCACCACAGAGGAAAAUGACAGACAGAUGAAGGCAGAACGUUUAACCCCGCAACCCACUGUGGCACACUCGGCUGCCAAGAAGGGGGCAUCGUUAGUGUUUUGGAAGUCAGUGCUUCAUGGACCGCCCCCGCCGCCCUCCUGUAAGGUCCACGGGGAACCCUGUGUGCUUCGUACUGUAAAGAAGGAGGGGCCAAACAUGGGCAAACAGUUCUUUGUGUGCGCCCGUCCUCAGGGACAUGCCUCCAACCCUGACGCUCGGUGUAAUUUCUUUGCAUGGGUUGACAAGGGCAAGUGACAUGUUUACUGCAUAGACCACAAGUUGUUUCCACUCAUCAGUGAAACACAAAACUAGCACAAAGACAAGACUGUAAGACUACUCCACAGAAAUGUGGUCAUUUUGCUGAUUUUUAUUACUGACUGUGUUUUUUCUUUAAUAAAUAAUGAAGACAAUAGUUUUGUAUUACUUUGCGUUUCAUUUUAUUUGGUCUCACAGCUGAAACCAUUAGGCACUCCUAAGAUUAGUCAUUUUUCAAGUAAAGACUCAAAAUGUCGUCAAAUAUGAUAAGCUAAUUUUAUGUUUGAUCUCAUUUUAAACUGAAUAUCAUAGAGUUUUAGGCUGAUGGUUGUAAAACAAGCAAUUUCAAGAUGUCACU